CUCUUCAUCGAGCCGACCGUCUUCGCCGACGUCACCGAGGCGAUGACCAUCGGUCGCGAGGAGAUCUUCGGCCCGGUGCAGCAGAUCUUCAAGUUUGAGACCUUUGAAGAGGCGGUCGCCCUCGCCAACCGAACCCGAUUCGGCCUGGCCGCCGGCGUAGUGACCAAGGACGCCCAGCGGGCGCUGGCCUUUGCCAAGGCCGUCCGAGCGGGCAGCGUCUGGGUCAACUGCUACUUUGUCGUCCGUCCGCAGACGCCCUUUGGCGGCUACAAAAUGUCCGGCAUCGGUCGUGAGUUCGGCGAGGCGGCCAUCAACGAGUACGUCGAGACGAAGACCAUCACCAUCAACAUGGACGAGGGCGGGGCUUUACUCUUUGGAUGA